UUAUAUUAGUGCAGAACACUGUACCUUUAAUUUAAAUGCCCUUGGAGUCUGCUGGGGAAGAGAAAUAAUACUGUCAGUCAGUAUGACAUGCAGAUGAGUGCCGUCGAUCUUAGAAUCACCGCACACUUCACUCAUUUGGGCAGUCACGGGGCCAAAACCAGAGUGUGGAGCCACAGUGUGGCGGUGGAGGCAGCAGCAAUGGGAGGCCAUACAUCACCCUAUGACAAAAUGGAACCCACCAGCAGUGUGAGGAGACCUGAAAGUGGCACAUGGCAGAGUGUGGCGAUGGAGACAGCAGCAAUGGGAGGCCGUACAGGGACCCAUGACACACUCUGGACCUGGCAGCAGCAUGAGGAGGUGGUACAGGGGCCCAUGGCAGAGUGGCGAAGCCCGUCAGCAGCGUGAGCAGUUGACGGACAGAGGCACAUGGCGCAGGGUGGCGGUGUGGAAAUGGCAGCAGUAUUCGGAAGCCAUACACAGGCCUA